AUGGCGUAUAACCGCCCCGGCAUUGCGUCUAUGUCUCUGGGCCGGCCAUGGAUCCACGACCUCCCCGGCAAGCUGAUGACAGCCGCCGCCCACGGCUUCGAGGGAAUCGAGCUCUUCUUCGACGACCUAGACUGCUACGCCCAGCGAACAUUCAACGGCGACCACCAUGAAGCCGCUCGCGCCGUCCGCCGCAUGUGCGAGCGUCUUGGCAUGGCUAUCAUCUGCCUUCAGCCCUUCUCCAUGUACGAAGGCCUGCUGGACCGCGCCGAAUCCGACCGGCUGGUGUGUGAGAAGUUGCCAAAGUGGUUCACGUUGGCGCGGGCUCUGGGCACCGACAUGAUCCAAGUUCCCUCCAACUUUCUCGGCCCUGAUCCCAAGACCGGUGCGCCCCGGACAACGGGCGAUCGAGCCGUAAUCGUCCGCGACCUGCAGCGUCUCGCUGAUCUUGGCGCCGGCGCUGGCUUUCGUUUCGUCUACGAGGCGCUGUGCUGGGGUGACCAUGUCGACACUUGGGAGGCGUCGUGGGAGAUUGUUCGCGAUGUCAACCGUCAUAACUUUGGCCUAUGUCUGGACUCAUUUAACAUUGCUGGUCGUGUAUAUGCCGAUCCGGCUUGCCCGACUGGUCGGACGCCCAAUGCCGCCGCAGACCUGGCUGCCUCGCUGGAUCGUCUGCGGAAAUCAAAAAUCGACCCGGCCAAGAUCUUCUAUGUGCAACUUGUCGACGGCGAGCGUCUGAAGGCCCCACUGGACGAGAACCACCCCUUCCACGUGCCAAACCAGCCCGUCCGCAUGAACUGGUCUCGUAACGCUCGUCUUUUCCCCUUUGAGGAGUCGCGUGGUGGCUACCUCCCCAUUGUGGAUGUUGCCCGUGUCUUCUUUGAGGAUCUCGGGUUUAAGGGCUGGGUUUCGCUCGAGCUGUUCAGCCGCACUCUUGCUGAUCCUGACCCUUUCACUCCUGUCGACCAUGCCCGCCGUGGUAUUGAGUCAUACUACAAGGCUGCCCGCAUCUUCAACUUUGAGGGCCAGGAGCAGAAGAGCUUGAGCUAUGCUCCCAUUCCUGAGCCUUCGUCUCCGGUUCAGCACCGUCUGUAG